GUGCCCUCUGCCAAAGUGACUUUUAUGCCCAAAUCCAGGAAGCAGGAUAUGAUCCAAGCCCAAAAAACCUCUCACAUGACAUGACUGCUGAGCUUUCACAUAAUUUGCAGAACCUUGUUCUUCAGAAUCAUUCUCCUUGUUUCUGUUCACCAGGAGUCCACAUUUCUACACAGGUUUCUGUCAGCCCUGGAUCAUGGAGGAUAACAGCAGUCAACUGGACCUGAUAAUGUCUGAUUUGGAUGAGGUACCUGAACAAGACAUAGCUGAAGAGAGUUUGAUGAAUCACGUCCAUACUUCUUUAAUCGGAUCAAUCAGAAACACUCUGAAAAACAUCUGCUUCGCUCUUACUGCUGCUCUUUUCAUAUUUGCUUUUGGAUCCCUGAUUGGCUAUGUCGCUCAUACGAAGAGAGAUGCGCCAAGCUGCAAAGAGUCUACUUCUGACGGUUCUGACGUGACGGUUCAGACGGAACCAAUCCUAGACUGGAGCAAUAUCACAUCCUUGUUCAAAAAUAAACUGAACACGAGCAGCAUUGAAAACAGUCUUAAUGAAUUCUUCACUACCAGUCAUCAGGCAGGGUCUCCAGGAGACGAGGAACUCAGCAGUAAAGUCUGGAAGAAAUUCACAAAUUUUGGCAUGACACCUUGGACUGAUUCACACUUUGUUAGGAUCCAUGACCGUCCUACAAAAGGCUUCAACACAGUGAUGUUUCGUAAUAAAACAUUUUCUGAACAAGGCUAUUUGGCUUACAGUCCAACUGGAACAGCAAAGGGUGCAGUUCUGUAUGCUCAUUAUGGACAAAGAGGAGACUUUAAAUCCCUACAAGACUUAAAUAUAAGUUCAGAAGGAAAGAUUGUCUUGAUCAGAGCUGGAAAAAUAAGUUUUGCUGAAAAGGUUGCUAAUGCUGCCAGUGUGAAUGCAAGUGCGGUGCUGAUCUAUCCAGAUCCUGCUGACUACUUGUUUGAUGAAGAAACAGAUCUGUUUGGUCAUGUCCAUCUUGGCUCGGGUGAUCCAUUCACUCCAGGUUACCCAUCGUUCAAUCACACCCAAUUUCCUCCAGCUAAAUCCUCAGGCCUGCCAAGCAUACCUGCCCAGACCAUCAAAGCCAGCACAGCUGCAGCGAUCAUGAAGAAAAUGGGAGGUCAUAAUCCACCUCCCGAAUGGGCUAGUGGUGGUCUGAGAGAGGUAACGUACAAGCUUGGUGGUGAUGAUGACAUUGUCUUUGUGGACGUUGACAACGCUCUGACCAUGACAAAGAUCUUCAACAUGUUUGGAGUUGUCAAGGGUUUCAUAGAUCCUGACCGUUAUGUGGUGAUUGGAGCUCAGAGAGAUGCCUGGGGUCCUGGAUUUGCAAAGUCUACCAUUGGCACUAGUUUGCUACUUGAGUUAGCAAGAGUUAUUACAGAGAUGAUGAGGAACGAUGGAUUUAAACCCAGGAGAAGCAUGGUGUUUGCAAGCUGGACUGCUGGAGAAUACGGCGCUGUGGGCGCCACCGAGUGGCUGGAGGGCUAUUUGUCUUCUCUGAAUAUAAAGGCGUUCUCCUACAUUAGCCUGGAUGGAGUUGUCACAGGUUCCUCUUUUAAAGCGAGUGCAAGCCCGUUGAUGUACGACUUGAUAGAAAGUACUUUGAAAGAGGUAGCUUCGCCCAGUGAUCCCAGCAAGAGUUUGUAUUCUCAAAUGCCUGGAACCAAUUGGGAGAUGGCUGUGAUGGAGCCGAUGAGGAUGGAUGACCCCGCCUAUCCAUUCCAGGCCUUCUCUGGCAUUCCCGCAGUCUCAUUCCAAUUUACUGAGAAUAAACAAUACCCAUUCUUUGGCACCAUGUUGGACACCAGAGGAAAUCUAGAAAAUAAAACAUCUACAAAGUUGCUCGUGGUGGCCAAGGCAGCAGGUGAGAUCGCAGGGGUGAUGGCUCUUCGGCUGGUUCACGACCACCUGCUGAGACUGAACGUGGAGAAAUACAAGAGCGUCAUCGGGAUCCAUGUGACCAAAAUCCACAAAGAAGUGAUGCGUUUGCAGAAGUCCGGCCACCUGACCGAGCCCUUGCAAACGCAGUGCUUGAUGUCAGCUUUGGGUUCAUACAGACGCGCUUCUUCUCGGGUCAUCACCAGCAUGGAAAACAGCGACCUUUAUGACCUCGAGCAAUGCCGCUUCAUCAACGACCAAAUCAUGGGGGUGGAGAGGAAUCUGCUGUUUCCCUACGUGUCUCCUCGGGACACUCCGUUCAGACACAUACUGCUUGGCUCUGGAUCACACACCCUGGAAGCUUUGUGCACACACCUGGCCUCAAUACAGAACGCCACCGAAAGUGUAGACGCCAUCCGACUAAAUAAUCGGAUCGCUAUAGCUGCCUGGACGAUCCAGAGCUGUGCCAGUGCAGUUUCGGGGAACAUGUGGGACACAGAAGAGCAGCUUGACUAAAGGGUUUCAUCGGAUUGAAUACGGUGUUAGAGACAUUGUGUAAACGAUCUGACAUCGAUCAGACCAUUUUAAACAUUGCACUGUGCCAUAUUUCAGCCUGCUGAUGUAAUUCAGCUGAUGUGAAAGCAAGGAAUAAACCACUCAGGGCAGGUUGUUAUAGGAAAACAAUCAAUGCCCAACUUUUAUAACCAAUUUUUCAUCACCAGCUUCUGCUUUUGUUUUUUUAAAGGCUGGUCAUUGUACUGAUAAACUCCUCCGUCCUGAAGUUUCAAGUGUUGAGAAAUGUACAAACUGUUACAAACUGCUCAAACUGGAGGCUCCUUCCAUAAUUGUUACAUAAGGAUUUUUACCAUAUCAUCGAUUAAGUGCACAUUUAAAUCGUUUAUAUGGACACCAGUUCAUGUAAACAAAAAUUCAAUCUUAAUUCACCUAAUCUUGUGAUUUGUCUUGCAGCUGGAACUACUGUCAGAGCUUCUGCUUUGGAAUGUCAAUCAACAUUUUUUGACCCAUCAGAGAUCUGGUGGUAAUUUUUUUUUUUUAAUUAAACCACAUUAA